AUGGGGUUUGGCAGUGAUUAUGCCAGGCUGGCACAGAGCUUGAAGAGAUUUUUCAAGAUUAAAGGUGACAUCACACAGAAAGGCUAUGAAAAGAAAAGAGGGAAAUUAUUAGCGCCCUACAUACCCCAGAUACAAGGUGUAGAUCCAUCUCUGCAGAUAGAACAUAGGAUCCAAACGUCGUCACAGGUGGCCCCUCCAGGCUCCAAACAGAACAAGCCCCGGGUGGCAAACUCAAGGGAUGAGCGCUUCAGAUCAGACCUUCAUACAGAAGCAGUACAAGCAGCCUUGGCAAAGUAUAAAGAGAGAAAGAUGCCAAUGCCCUCUAAGAGACGCUCUGUUCUAGUACAGUCUUCAGUUGAAGCGUGCACUCCCCCAGACACCUCCUCUGCAUCAGAAGACGAGGGCUCGCUGCGCCGGCAGGGCCGGAUCGCCUCCUCGUCUCCAUACCAGGCGCAUCCCAGUGUAGAGCACUGGUUUAACAGAGUCAUCCAGGGCUCCUCCACCUCAUCGUCCGCAUCUUCCACCUCCUCCCACCCCGGAGGAAGACCCCACCAUGCCACAAACGCCACCUCUGCUUCAGCUGCAACCGUACUGGCCGACCUCAUGGCUCACACACAGCUAGACAACCACAGUGCACCUCCGGAUGUGACAGGCCUGUCGGAGCGCUCGGUGCAUGCAGAGCGUCCACAGGUGGCAUCAAUGCGAGGGCUUCCACGCAGAUACACACACACCAGCAUCAUGGAGACCGCCGAUGGCACUGACAGGGGAGAUAGGGAGGCCACGGAUGGCGUUCCAGUCAACAGUCGAGUGUCCUCUAAGAUUCAGCAGCUCCUAAACACUUUGAAAAGGCCAAAGAGACCCCCUUUACGAGAGUUUUUUGUUGAUGACUUCGAGGAACUUUUGGAUGUGCAGCAUCCAGAUCCAAACCAGCCCAAGCCUGAGGGGGGUGAGAUGAGACCCCUCAGUGGGGAGCCGCUGGGGGUGGUCACUAACUGGCCUCCAUCAUUAAUGGCCUCUUUACAGCGCUGGGGCACCACACAACCCAAGAGCCCUUGCCUCACCGCACUGGACAACGCUGGCAAACCCGUCUACACACUAACAUAUGGGAAGUUAUGGACACGGAGUCAAAAACUUUCCUAUACACUGCUGAACAAACUGAGCACCAGGAAUGAACCACUACUGCGGCCUGGAGACAGAGUUGCGCUUGUGUUCCCCAACAAUGAUCCUGUGAUGUUUAUGGUGGCAUUUUAUGGAUGUCUCCUGGCGGAGCUGGUGCCUGUGCCCAUAGAGGUGCCACUCACUCGAAAGGAUGCAGGCAGUCAGCAGGUGGGGUUUCUGUUGGGCAGCUGUGGGGUCACUCUGGCCCUGACCACUGAUGCCUGUCAGAAGGGCCUGCCCAAAGCACAGACCGGAGAAGUUGUCACUUUUAAGGGCUGGCCACGACUGCUGUGGUUCGUUACUGAUGGAAAGCAUGUGGUAAAGCCUCCUAAGGACUGGCAUCCUCCAAUAAGAGACACUAGCAAUGAGAUCGCAUACAUAGAGUAUAAGACCAGUAAGGAGGGCAGCACUAUGGGCAUCACGGUGUCUCACUCUGCUAUGUUGGCUCACUGUCAUGCGCUCACACAGGCCUGUGGCUACACAGAGGGUGAAAUUAUAACAAAUGUUUUGGACUUCAAACGAGACGCUGGUCUGUGGCACGGGGUCCUCACGAGUGUGAUGAACCGCAUGCACGUGAUCAGCAUCCCGUACUCGCUGAUGAAGGUCAACCCUCUCUCCUGGAUCCAGAAAGUCCACACCUAUAAAGCGCGUGUAGCAGUGGUGAAAUCCAGGGACAUGCACUGGUCACUUUUAGCCCAGAGGGAUCAGAGAGACAUCAGUCUUAGUUCUCUCCGCAUGCUCAUCGUUGCUGAUGGAGCUAACCCAUGGUCUAUUUCGUCCUGCGAUGCCUUCCUCAACGUCUUUCAGGCCCGCGGACUGCGGCCAGAGGUGAUCUGCCCAUGUGCAAGUUCCUCUGAGGCCAUGACCGUCGCCAUCCGCAGGCCUCCAGAGAUGGGUGUUCCUCCUCCGGGGAAGGCAGUGCUGUCCAUGAGUGGUCUGAGUUAUGGGGUGAUUCGAGUAGACACAGAGGAGAAGCUCUCUGUGCUCACUGUCCAGGAUGUAGGACAGGUCAUGCCUGGAGCGCUGGUGUGUGUGAUCCAGGUUGAAGGCACGCCGUACCUGUGUCGAAUGGAUGAGGUUGGAGAAAUCUGUAUGAGCUCCAACAGUACAGGAAUCUCCUACUAUGGUCUGCCAGGCAUGACCAAGAAUGUUUUUGAGACCAUUCCAGUCACGUCAUCAGGAGCUCCCAUCAGUGACAGACCCUUCACACGCACAUCUCUCCUGGGCUUCAUCGGGCCGGAUAAUCUGGUGUUUGUGGUGGGAAAGAUGGACGGACUGAUGGUGGUGAGUGGACGGAGACAUAACGCAGAUGAUGUGGUGGCCACAGCACUGGCCGUGGAGCCCAUGAAGUUUGUGUACAGAGGAAGGAUUGCGGUUUUCUCUGUAUCAGUGCUGCAUGAUGAACGCAUUGUUGUAGUGGCAGAACAGAGACCAGAUGGCUCAGAGGAGGACAGCUUCCAGUGGAUGAGUCGUGUGCUGCAGGCUAUCGACAGCAUCCAUCAGGUGGGAGUGUACUGUCUGGCUCUGGUGCCAGCUAACACACUACCCAAAGCUCCUCUGGGCGGCAUCCACAUCACAGAGACCAAACAGCGCUUCCUAGAGGGAGCUCUGCACCCCUGCAACGUCCUCAUGUGUCCUCAUACCUGCGUCACCAACCUUCCCAAACCUAGACAGAAGCAGCCGGGUACAGGUGAGUCCUGUUUCCUGUAUAUGCAAGAUGUUCUGCAGUGGAGAGCUCAGGCCACUCCAGAUCACCCUCUAUUUCUGCUGCUCAAUGCCAAGGGCACUGUGGCCAACACCGCCUCCUGUGUACAGUUGCACAAGCGGGCAGAGCGUGUGGCAGUAGCGCUGAUGGAAAGAGGCCGACUUAAUACUGGAGACCAUGUAGCACUCGUUUAUCCUCCUGGUAUUGAUCUGAUCGCCACUUUCUAUGGCUGUCUGUACGCCGGCUGUGUUCCAGUCACCGUCAGGCCUCCACACCCACAGAACUUAACCACAACCCUACCAACCGUUAAAAUGAUUGUUGAGUUACGGAAUGUGAAUCUGUCGUGUGUACGGACCUGUAUGGUGGUGGCUGAAGAACGUCCUCGCAACACGCUUACGCAGUCCUUCUCGAAGAUCUUCAAAGACCUGGGGCUCUCCUCACGGGCCGUCAGCACCACCUUCGGCUGCAGGGUCAAUGUGGCCAUUUGUCUUCAGGGCACCGCUGGGCCGGAUCCCACCACAGUAUAUCUAGACAUGAGGGCCCUGCGGCAUGACAGGGUUCGAUUAGUCGAGAGAGGCUCACCGCACAGUCUGCCACUCAUGGAAUCUGGGAAGAUUCUUCCUGGGGUAAAGGUUAUAAUUGCCAACACAGAGACCAAAGGCCCUCUAGGAGAUUCUCAUCUGGGAGAAAUUUGGGUGAGCAGCCCCCAUAAUGCCACAGGAUACUAUACGGUUUAUGGGGAAGAGGCGUUGCACGCUGACCACUUCAGCACCAGACUGAGCUUCGGUGACACCCAGACGGUUUGGGCUCGCACUGGAUAUCUUGGCUUCCUGCGUCGCACAGAACUUACAGAUGCCAGUGGAGAGCGGCAUGAUGCCUUGUACGUGGUUGGUUCUCUAGAUGAGACUCUGGAGCUUCGGGGAAUGCGUUACCAUCCCAUCGAUAUUGAAACAUCGGUCAUAAGGUCACACAAGAGCAUUGCAGAGUGUGCUGUGUUCACUUGGACGAAUCUCUUGGUGGUGGUCGUGGAGCUUGAGGGGUCAGAACAGGAAGCUCUGGAUCUUGUUGCCCUGGUGACCAACGUGGUUCUGGAAGAGCACUAUCUCAUAGUGGGGGUCGUUGUGGUGGUGGACCCUGGAGUCAUUCCUAUCAACUCCAGAGGGGAGAAGCAGCGCAUGCACUUGCGGGACGGCUUCCUCGCUGACCAGCUAGACCCUAUAUAUGUGGCCUACAACAUGUGAGAAUGUGUAACAUGGAGGAGGAAACAAAUGCCAGAAAAAUCUGCAUAUGCAAAUUUACAAUGGAAGUGUUGGGGGAUGUUCGGAUGUUAGGACAGGCUUGCCUCUUCCUCCGCAAACAUGAAGAGUCCUUGAUGGAGCUAUGCAGUUUAUUUUUUAUAUCAAACUGUCAGAAUGCCUUGCAAAUAAAACUCUGAUUCAGUGGUCAGGGCAAAUGACUUGAUUUCAUCUCCUGUUUUCUUGUGUGACUUAAUUAUGAGUUCAGUUUUUAUUCAAGCACACCUGUUCUGCACAUACGACACAUGCGUGUUGAAUGUUCCCUGUGUGUGAGGAGGAGUGCCUGAUGUCAAAAACAGGAUCCAUUUUUGUUUGGUUUGUUCUCUCUUUACAUCAACAUGCAAAUCUUUGAUAAAUGUUUUAUCUGGAGACCAAAUGGCAAUAAGGAAAUGGAUAUCUGAGUCUUUGUUUGCAAGAAAGCAGUACUGAAAGUGUACUGUGGAAAUGCUGCUCCAUAAAUUCACAAGCUUAUGCAUUCCCAGCUAGUGUUUCAACAUGGGCCUUAAAUAUUUUCCAUAUGCCUGUGGACUGCUUGUUAUUUGUAUUUAAUUUCCCCCCCAUUCUUUAUUAAAAUGUUUCAUUCAUGUGUGAGCUUUUAGACUGUGCAGGACAGGAAUCAGUGUAAUAACAGUGAAUAGAUGACGAGUCUUAUUCAGGUAACCAAGUCCCAGUCUGAAAUAUAUUUCUGCUCAAAUUUACAUUAUGUACAACAUUUCAGGUUUGAGCAAUUUUUUUACAGUAUGACAUCACCAUUCACGACUGGAUUAUCUUAUAUUCCUGCAGAUGAAUGUAUGAAGGUGACAUUUUUAGUCUCCUACAUAUUACUGAUUAAAAAGAAAGUAGCAUUUUUCAUUAAUUCAUUAAAACAUACCAAACAGAUGGGAUCGUUAUUUCAGGAAAAAAUGACCACUGCAGGUGAGGGCUUUUAUUCUUCUUUUCAUUACUGUGUUAAAGUGUGAUAUUUGCUUGUAUUUUUCAGACGCACUGUACACCGCAUUGGCCAGCACUGUAAAGAUCACUUCUAACAAUGCUUGCUUUCUUUUAUUGUGUUCAUUACGUAAAGGACAGGCAGUACGCCUGCUGUAAUUAUGUACAGAAUGUGUGUAAUAAGUUAUUAUUGGGACAGCAGAAAACGACAAAUACUUUUGGCAUGGUUUUUGCAGUGGCAUGGAGGAAACCAGAUGCUGCUCAAAUCGAAGCUUCAUUUCUUGAUCAAACAGAAAGGGGAACAACAUGAGACACUAUUCAUGUAAUAUUGUAUAUUGCAGUAGGCUCAAGAAGUGGUUUUGCUGCAAGGAUUGUAAAGCACAUACAGCAUCUGUAUCGCAGGAUGGUUGUGUGACUGUUAGUGUUCGAUUUUUGCAGUUUUGUCAUUUAGUGAAUAUUUGGUUGAAACACCUUUUGAAUUAUGUUAAUAUUUCUUAAUAAAAACCAUGCAUUUAAAUGACUGACAUUGAAAAUGUUUAAUUCUAAAGUGAUGUUUAAUGCACAUCUUGCAGACAAUUUUAUGCAAAGAAACUU